AUGGCCUCGAACGGCGAGAGCUCAUCCAUCGCUCAGCUCUGGCAAGAUGCUAUCGCAGAAUACGAGAAAGCGACGGGCAAAAGUCUUUGCCUGGGCCAGUUCAAAAGCAUGGAUGAGGUGAUGGCUGGAACGGAGGGCCUGUCGAACAAGUUUAGCAAUUUUCGUUCGGACAAAUCCAAAGUAGGCAAGAUGAGGACGGCGUUCAAGAACAAUAUGUGGUUGAUUCAGGGAAUCGUCAACACCAUACAAAAUGUCGGCAAUGCUGCAUCGAUUUUCCCCCCAGCUAUGCCAGCUAGUUUGAUUUUCUCGGCAUUUGGGCAGGUGAUGGAGUCCUUUUCCACAGUGUCGGCCGACUAUGACACUAUCAUGGGAUUUUUUGAAUUUACCCAUCGAUUCUUCGAUCGUUUGUCGAUUAUCGAUCAGAAGAUGCCGGAAUUGCCUCCCUUUCAGAGAUGCGUGAGCCGCGUUUUCUCCAGUAUACUUAGGAUUUGCGCUAUUGCGCAGAGAUAUACUAAGGAAAAACGAUUCAGUAAGUUAUUGUCUUAUAUGCGGUUUAGUACCGAUGGUGAACUAGCCGCCGCAAGCGAGGAAUUAGAGACGGCCAUCAACGAGAUGAAUCAAGCCGUUGGGUUGUCGACACUGAAAACCGUUGAGGUGAUGAACACAGUCGUUGAAAGGAUGAACGGUAACCUCGAGUUCCUCGUGUCGAAUGCCAACCUUAUCGACGAAAGAACUGCGGCGAUCCAAUCAAACACAGAUGCCAUCCGCCAGCAGAACCAGGAAAUCGCAUCCAAACAAGACGACAUGACAGACACGCAGCGGGAGAUGAUGGCCCAAUUAUCCGAGCAGUCCAAGCUGCUCAACCAAGCCGUGGGAUUCUUUGGAUCGCUUCAGAUCGGUGAUAGCUUCGGCAAGGAAUUCCAGACGAGUCUGCUGAAAGUUGAUGUAAUCAAGCUGCGUCUCACUCGAUGGGGGAAGUCCGUUGGAUUAGCCAACUUGGACGACAUGGGUUCUGCUAGUGGAAUCAAGCUCGCACCUGAGGAUAUUCCGAAGGUGCAAGAUCUCCUGAACGAAAUCCUAGAGCUCAUUGCGGACGCGGAUAAGCUUUCGGGCCGCUUCAAGAAGAAGAAUCCUACGGCUCUCACCAUGGAUCCUGAUACGCAUCUGGACGGUACCUCUGCCUCACUCCACCAGCAGAUGGACUUACUCGCCAAGGGUCGACAGGGUAACUCAGUGUCUAACCCGGAUGAUGCUCUGGUUAUUUACCAGAUGAAGGAUUUCUCGCGAUUGAUCGAAGACACCAAUAGUUUGGUCGACAACUUGAUCGAAUUGUUCCCAGCAGUGAAGGAUGAGCAGCGCAAGAUUUGCGAGGAUGAGGUCUCGCAGUUGAAGAAGGUCGAGGAUGGUCUGCCGCUGUUGAAGGAUGUUGCUGCUGGGCAGGAUGAUCUUCUGAGUGAUACUGUUGUGAAGGUCAUUCAGUCUACGAAUACCUACAACAAUAGUGUUGUUUUCUCGGGGGAAAACUUCGGUUUCCAAAUUGGGAGUAAUGCUGGCAGAAUUAACAAUGUGCGAUUCAACCAGUACCACUAG